GCGGCAUGGAAUGGCCAUGCCAAGACUGUGCAGGCUCUGGUUGAUGAGGGUGCCGACAUCAAUGGCAGCGAGGGAGCGCCGUUUGGGCAAUGCUCUCUGUACCUAGCAGCACGCAAUGGCUACGCCGGGGUGUUCAAGCUGCUGGCCAUGCACGAUGAAAGCCUUGUGACGGCGCGCGACGAGUACAACAAUUCGGUGCUGAAUGCGGCGGCGCAGCGGGGAAAUGCCGACAUGGUCAGACUGCUGCUCGAGAAGGGGGCUCCGCCCAACGCAGACGACAGCGUAGCCCUCAGCAGUGCAUGUAGCAUAGGCGCGCACGCCACGGUACGCGUGCUCCUCGAACACGGGGCGCAGACGGAAACGAGGCGUGACGACGAUGAGAUGUGGCCGCCGCUGCACACGGCGAUCCAAGAAGGCGCGUGGCGGUGUGUUCAAGAGCUGCUUUUGUUCAAGAGCGACGCGAACCACGAAUGCUCAGGCGGCACGCCGCUGAUGUUUGCCGUCAAAGCCAAGCGGCUCGACAUGGCGAAGCUGCUGGUGGAGCAUGGGGCGGAUGUGAACAAGCGGCACGACGAGCAGACGGCGACGGCGCUGCAGAUGGCUGUGGCGCAGGCGGGCGGGCUGGCCAUGGUGGAGUGGCUGGUGGGCCAGGGCGCCGACCCCGAUCUUGCCCUGACCGACCGCGACAACGACACGGCCCUCAACGCCGCCCUGGAACGCGACACAGUCCUGCUGGCCGACGUCAAGCUCCUCGUCUAUGCCGGCAGCAACAUUGAUACCACCAACGCGGCCGGCUUGACGCCACUGCACAAGGCCAUUGACAAGGACAAGCUCGACAUUGUGCGCUUCCUGCUCAAGCGCGGC